AUGUCUCUGCCUCCCAUGACAGGUUCUUCCAACUUGACAGAUGAAAGUCCGCAUCCGUCCAGUCUUCUUGCAUAUGACGCACCCCCGAAUUACCAGGACUUUGACUCGAUAAUAUCUGAUACAAAGUUCACCGCUGAUACUAGAACCGAUUUCUAUGACCGCAGUCUAACAACUCGCAUAUAUGCCCUUGUCGGAGUGGCAUGCUCGAGUAUCAUCAGCUGCUCAUGCAUCGUUAUAGGCAUUGUCAUUCUAGCCAAUCACGGAGUCUAUGGUGUAGCCGCGCCCAACCUGGUCAAUGUUGAGACGGAGUCUCAGUUGUCUCGGUUGUCCCUGCAGGCGGAAAUAUUGACCCUGGCACUUAACCUAAUCGUCACGUUAUGCACCGAGUCCAUAGGCUUCGUACACAGCAUCUCAUUGCGCUCUGCGCUAGCCUCGGAAUCUCGGCUUCGUUUCAACACUAAUCUGCGCCUUCUUACCGCAGCUCGUAGAUGGUAUAACCCUAACGGCGUCCUCCUUAACGGUAUCUCGGCUGUCCUCCUCAUUAUAUCCUACAGCUCGGCCUCACUCGUUGUAUGCUUCGACUAUCAAUUCACGUCCUCAACACCACCUGAGCAGGGUGUUGCCUUCGCAGGGUUACCUCUCCUCAUUUUGGGCAUUGCACUCCUGUUCCAGGUGAUGGUUGCAUUGUCAGGGAUACGGGCUGUCAAAAUAUUGACGUGGAGCUCCUCGCCUUUCGACCUGACCGCUGCACUGGUCCACCACACGCAAUUGACCCCUGCUACUUUCCGGUGCAUGCGUCGCGUGUCUGACCCAGACACGGAUGGAGGUCCAGCAAAGCCGCCAGGGACACAGCCCUCAGCGUGGCAUGCUCACUCUAGCAUCCGGAAAGUUAUCAUUUCUCUUUGCGUGAUCAUUGUAGCAUGCGCUGGAUGGGCCGCACUUGUCAUGUACAUUUGGGGCAAGCACGCCGGCAAGGGUUUAGUGUCCCCUGAUGCGCUGACCAUACAAACAUGGUCGUUCCUGCCCAGCGAGUCGUUUAAUUUCAUCGCUGUCCAGGGACCGUUGACGCUUGGGCUGCAUUGCUCAGAGCUCAUCGCAAAUGUCAUUCGAGACGAAAGACAGUGGAGAUGUGCUACUGGAUGGAAGGGACUUAGAACGGCGACGAACCCGUUGAAGAUGAUUUUCACUCAUCCGAUUUGUCUCGUACUUUUCGUCGCGAAGCCUUUCCUGCAUUGGAUGUUUGGGCUUUCGUUCACCGUAUCUCCCCAGGUAAAUGAGGGGCAACUAGUAGGGUUGGCGGUAGUCAUGUUGACUGCCCAGAUCUGGAACUUAUGCAUAGCGUUAUUUAUAUUUACCUGUUUCUUCACUUUCGUUGCACUGCGCCGACCGCGCGGUCCCCAGCCGGCUGCAUACGGUCACGUCCAAACGCUCGCCAACCUCGUGGACGAGUGGUCGCCUGUGAUGUGGUGGGGACACAAGGAGGAUGGAAUUCCGUACUGUCAUGCUGGGACGAGCGAUCAUCCGCUCCCGGAUGUGAAGAUGGACUGUGUUUAUGCUGGUUCUGGUGCUAGGUCCCUGGUACCUGUCUCGUGA